GCUACAGGUAACCGAAAGCUGACAUUUCCUAUUUAUCGAUCAAACAGAUCAAACGAUUCGACUUCUUAUACAGUUAGUGAACAAUCAAACAGCAAUAAAGUGCAAAUAUCACCUGAAAAAAUGGAGGAAGAACCAGACAUGAACGUCAACCUUAAAAAAGGUGUCCUAAAUCCUGACCAUCCUCUCCUAGAAAAGUUCCAGCUAGCUCUAAAAGAGCAUCUGCUACUACAGAUAAAUCGUAUGAAAGAAGAAAUCUUCGAAAUCGAAUCUGAAACCAAGAUAAAAGAUGCUCAAAGAGAACAACUUGGAGUACAAACGUACGAAGCCCAACAAAUGGUAUGCAAUCAACAGAAAUCCCUCGAAACCAUCAUAUCGAAUCUUGAGACCGUAACAGCUGCAAAAGAACAAGUUCAAAACGAGUUAGAACUCGAAAGGAAGAACCACAAAGACCUUGUUGAGAAAUACCAUCAAUCUGAGAAGACUAACAGGGAACUACAAAAUGAAAUUGAGUCAGUUAAUCUCAUAAUACAACAGAUGACUCAGUGGGAAACCAAAAUAGAAUCUCACAUUUCCGUCAACAAACGUAUCGCAGAGAAGACCAGAAGAGACAAUAUGCUUGCGGCACGAGAGAACAAACAACAAGACAUGCUCAUAUACAAGCUGCUCGUCGAAAUAUGGAAGCUUGAAUCCGAGAUAGAAACCAUCAACACGCAGAUCAGAGUGAAAGAGAACGAAAUUGAGCACUUGGAACAAAACGUAGCGCUUGGUAACACCAAUGUUGAAGCUCUUCAGAGCGAAUACAGAUGCCUCAUGCAUUCCUGGAACUCUGUAGUUGUCGCUAUAGGUAACAGGGAUAAAGGACUAGAAUGCAUCAAUGAAGAAUUGACCAAGCUACGCGAGAGAUUCAAGAGUACGGUAUCCGAAACUGACCAAGUUAGGAAGCUGAUAAAAAAAGAAUUGAUGGAGAACGAACGAUAUACUAUGAUUAAAAGCAGAUUCGAGAUGGACAUCAAAAACUGCACUUUACAGACAGAGGAAGAAAUGAAGAAGAAAGCAGUGAUCGACAAAGAGAUGCUUGAACUGCAAGCUAUUUUGGAAGGAACAGAUAAGGAGAUAGAGGUAAUCCAAAACGAGAACCAGUUGAGAGAAAAUGCACUGAUUUCCUUGACAAAGGAAUUUGAUAGAAUCUCUGCGAAAAAAUUCGAGCUAGAAGAAGCUUUACUGAGAAAUUUGGAAAUGCAAGUGGUUAAUAAUAAAAUUUCUAAAAACCUCGCCAAGAUCUACAGUACUAUGCAGGUUAAGAAACGGGACGUGGAAGUUAUAAUGACAGAAGCAGAAAACAAAAGUAGCCUGAUAAAAUCAGAAACAGAGUCCCAGAAAUAUAAAAAUGACGAUAACAACCGUUUGCUCAAGGAAGUACUUGACCAACAAGCAGUUCUGGAAAAAGAGGCAGACGAAUUGCAAUCUGAGAAGGAUACUUACGAACUUUUGUUCAGAAAGAGAGAGAGAGAAGUUGAAGUUCUCAAUAGCAAAUUGGAAAAAGUGUCUACAAAACCUGAUAUUUCCACAUCCCCACAAGACUUUCAAAUACUUGAGUUGGAGAAGUAUAUUGAAGAAACUCAAACUAGUAUCAAAAACCUUCAGAUGUAUUGGUUGAGAGAGCAGAACAACAUCUUAGCCGUUUCUAAUGAGAGGCAAAAACAGAUCCAUGAAAUCAAUUUGCUCAAAAAACAAACCCUCAUCCUCGAGCAAAAAAAUCUGAAGAUAAACGAUGAAUUGGAAGCGUACAAAAAGAACGAAGAGAAAGUAUCUCACAACAUCAGCAAUCUCCAAAACAAAGGAGUAUCUCUGUGCGAAAAUCUAUUCAAGAAACGCAACAAAAAAAUCGAUCUAGACAGGAACAAUUCCUUACUUCAGACACAUUAUGAUUCCAAGCUGAAAGAGGCAGAGCUGCAUCUGCUGCAAAUUGAAGCUGAAAUAGCUGAAAUCGAGGAAGAUAAAGUAACCUUGAGCAGGGAACUGAUGGAUGCGAACAGAGAAGCCUUGGAAUGGGACAAGAAGCUACUGAUGGCCAGGGAGGCCUUAGGUCUCAUGAAAAAUGAAAGAAGUGCUGGCGGUGAAGUUGAUAAUAUGAAAUUAGAAAUACAUCGAAUGGAGGUGAUCUACGGCCAACUGAAAAAGGCUCAAGAGAAGUUGUUGAAAGACUUGGAAUAUUGUUUAUCAAGAAGGAAUUCUAUUUAUAUGACGUCAGAAGCAAGACAAAAAAGAAAUGGACCCAAGGAAGAUAGAACCAGAUUCAACUACCAGAGAAAAAUGGACAACCUUCGGAACAAAAUGAAGCAAAUGGACAACGAGAUCAAAGAAUUGAAAGUCAAGAAGAGAAAGUCGAUAGAUUCAGCAGAAGCUAAGGAACGCGAGAUAUACGAGUGCAAUCAAGAAGCUAACACCCUUCUAGAAUACUCCGAUGAUUUACUGGAUCAGCUAGAAACAACCAAAAGCAACAGACAAUUCAAUUUCGAGCUUUUAGUGAUGCAGCAAAAGAAGCACUCCAUGUAUCACUAUCUUUCCAUGGGAAGGAACACCUAUACUGUCUAUAAAACAGCAGAGCAGUUGACUUCAGAAUAUAGCAAGCAGAAGGAUAUGAACGGAAGACUUGCCAAGUUGGUGGAAAAUUUGAGGAGCGAUUUUCCGAAUUAUGAUCAUCCUUUGAACAGAAUCAAUAACACUUUGAAGAUCGCUGCGUUGACAAUGUAUACAUGAUUUUUUAAAGUACAUAUUAAAUUAAUGCAUUUUUCCAUAUAAAAUGUGGGUUUGUGAACGAGAUUUGAAUUUAGAGAUUUGC